GGAGUGAGGACGCAGAGAGGAGCUGACGGAGCAUUAAUGAGAUACUGGCCGGUUAGAGUUACGGGGAUGCAGUUUUAGCCAUAUUCCACCAUUGUUUUUAAGGCUUGAUUGGCGGACGUGAAAAGCGGCAAACCUGGGACAAUUCCAACAUUUAAAACGUACUUUGGUGGAUUAAUUUAUUCUAAAAAAUGGGCUUGGAACGAUUUCGCGUAAAGACGCCGGGGAUAGUGGACCUCCUCACCCGCGCGCUCCUUUGUAUCAUCGGGCUAUUACUCACUUUUUCUCAGCCUGUCUGCAAGGCGUUCAACUUGGACGUGGAGAAUCCAGCUGUUUACAGCGGACCUAAAGGAAGCUACUUCGGAUAUGCUGUUGACUUUUAUUUGGCGAAUUCUUCCAGUGCAAGUGUGGUGAUAGGCGCUCCCAAGGCCAACACAAGGCAGGUUAACGUUACAGAAGGAGGAUCUGUCUUCUACUGUCCAUGGAGACUCAACCAAUCAGAUUGUCACACUAUCGAGUUUGAUACUGAAGGGGAUCGCACCGUCAAGCUCAACGACACAGAUCAUCAGGUUGAUUUCAAGUCCCACCAAUGGUUCGGUGCCACUGUGCGUUCUCACGGUGACACAAUUCUGGCAUGCGCCCCUCUCUACUCCUGGCGGACUGAAAAGGAUAUCCCCCGUUCUGACGCUACAGGAACCUGCUACCUCUCAGCCUAUAAUUUUACCAAAUUUGUGGAGUAUGCUCCUUGCCGCACAGAGAUCAGUGAUGCGGUGGGACAAGGCUACUGUCAGGGAGGAUUCAGCGCUGACUUCACAACGGAUGGCAAAGUGGUAUUGGGAGGGCCAGGCAGCUACUUUUGGCAAGGUCAGGUGAUCUCUGCACCUAAGGAAGACAUUAUCAAAGCUUACUACCCAGGUUAUUUUAUGCAGUCCGUGGACAGCCAGAUCCAGACGAAACAGGUCAUGGCUGUACAUGAUGACAGCUACCAAGGGUACUCUAUUGCUGUUGGGGAAUUCAGUGGUGAUCAGGUGGAAGAUUUUGUGGCUGGUGUUCCAAAAGGGCUCAUGCUUUAUGGUUUGGUGUCUUUUCUGAACGGUACAGAUCUGAAGCCCAUGAUUAACUACACUGGUGAGCAGAUGGGAUCAUAUUUUGGCCAUGCAGUGGCAACGACUGACAUCAACGGUGAUGGGAUGGUUGACCUGCUAGUGGGAGCUCCCAUGUUCAUGGCCCGGGGCUCCGAUGGCCGUCUGGAAGAGAUGGGCCGUGUCUAUGUUUAUCUGCAGCGUGGCCCACUUAACCUGGAGCUCAGCCUACCUCACCUAACAGGCACCCAGGUGUUUGGGAGAUUUGGCAGCACCAUUGCACCAUUGGGAGAUCUGAACCAGGAUGGUUUUAAUGAUGUGGCUAUCAGCUGUCCAUUUGGGGGGGACGAUCGUCAGGGACUGGUCUACAUCUAUAAUGGAUACUCAGAAGGUCUCAGGGAUAAGCCAUCUCAGGUUAUCACUGGGCAGUGGGCUGCUGGGACUAUUCCUGCCAGCUUUGGAUUUGCCCUCAGAGGUGCUAAGGACCUGGACAUGAAUGGAUACCCAGAUCUCAUUGUUGGUGCCUUUGGUGUUAAUAAGGCAGUUCUCUAUAGAUCCCGCCCAAUAGUAAACACCACUGCCUCUCUGACAGUAUACCCCACCAUGAUCAACCCAGAAGAGAAGAAUUGCAUGGUCACCAAUGGAAACACCAGCAUUCCUGUUUCCUGUGUCAACCUGAGUUUCUGCAUAUCUGCUGAUGGGAAGCACCUACCAGGCAUCCUAGAUUUCCAGGUGGAGUUGCAGCUUGAUAGUCAUAAGCACAAGCAGAAAGGUGCAGUGAAGAGGGCUUUGUUCUUGGAUUCCCAGCAGCCUUUGCUCCAGAGGAGCGUAAUAGUGCGCCAUGGCGAGCGUAUAUGCAACCACACCAAGAUCUACCUAAGAGAUGAGAAAGACUUCAGGGAUAAACUCUCCUCCAUUUAUGUGGCCUUGAACUUCAGCUUGGAUCCAAAAGCUGCAGCUGACUCCCACGGCUUGCGGCCCAUCCUCAACUAUCAGACCACCAACGUAAUUGAGCAGAAGGCUCAGAUUCUGUUGGACUGUGGAGAAGACAACAUCUGUGUUCCUGACUUGAAGCUGGCAGUCCACGGGAACAGGAAGGAAGUCUAUCUGGGUGAUGACAACUCGCUGACCUUGACUUUCAAUGCCAGGAAUGAGGGUGAGGGAGGGGCGUACGAGGCAGAGCUGUAUGUGGUGCUGCCCCCUGAAGCUGACUACAGCGGUAUUGCCCGCAAUAAUGAGAGCCUGGCCCAGCUGACCUGCAGCUAUGAGACCGAGAACCAGACCCGAUACCUCAGCUGUGAUUUGGGCAACCCGAUGAAGUCUGGCACCAGUCUCUGGGCAGGUCUGCGCUUCACAGUGCCACGACUGAAGGACACGCACAAAACUGUUCAGUUUGAGCUGCAGAUUCGCAGUAAAAAUGAGAAUAAUUCCCACAGUGAGGUUGUACUGUACAAGCUGGAGGCGGUUGUUCAGGCUGAUGUCAUUCUACAGGGUGUGUCUCGACCAGAUAAGGUCUUCUUCCCGCCAGUCAACUGGAAGGUGACCAAAAGCUAUGGGGUGGAGCAGGAUGUCGGGCCUGUAGUGGAACACAUCUAUGAGCUGGUGAACAACGGGCCCAGUGGGAUCAGCCACACCCAACUUGAGCUGCGCUGUCCCCUCAGUGUCCAGGGUCACAAUCUCCUUUACCCCUUGGAGUUCUCCACAGAAGGCCCCAUUAACUGCACCUCCGACAAAAACAUGAACCACCUACACCUCAAACUCCAGCAGACAUCCACAGAACCUAUCCUGGCACUGAAGGCACAAGAGCACCAUGUCGAGAGGAGGGACGUCCACAGGAAUCCACUCACUCACUUGACUAACCUGUCCUGCUCUAAUGCGGAGUGCUGGAAACUCCUGUGCAACGUGGGUCUGCUGGAGAAGGGGACUACUGCUAUCCUCAAAGUGCGAUCCCGCAUCUGGGCCGAGACCUUCAUGGAGAGAGCAUACAAGCAAUAUGUACUGGAGUGCCUUGCCAGAUACAGUGUGGAGAAGAUGCCCUAUGCCAUCCUACCCAAACAUUUUCCCAGUGGACACAAAAAGGUGGUGACCCCAGUGAUGUGGAACAAGCCAGAUAUCGAGAACUCAGUUCCUCUGUGGAUCAUCAUCUUGGCGAUUCUGGCUGGUUUACUGCUUCUGGCUCUACUAAUCUACGUCUUAUACAAGUUCGGCUUCUUCAAGCGAUCGCUACCUUACGGCACUGCCAUGGAGAAAGCACAUCUCAAACCACAGGCUGCCUCUGAGGCCUAGAUGACAACCGGAGCUACCAGAACCACAGUACCUGGCAAUAUGAUUGCAACGGAGAAACACAAUGGAACAUGAAGAGUGGAUCAGAAAGCAGCUGAAGAGAAAAGAAAGACCACUGGAACUCCGCUGUGCUGCACAAGAGGAAGACAAAAAUCCAAAGAUCUCCAAGCCAAAUGAAUGUUUUUUUUUUCUGUUUUAAUUUAUGUCUUGUUUGUUGGCGGGUUGGGAUUGUUACCAAAUAGAACUUUCUUUCCUCAAUGCCUCAACUAACAUGAGACUGAACAACACGAAAGUGACUAGAAAAGAAGUGCAGGCUACCGUUAGCCUGUAGAUGCAGUGAGAUGUCUGUCGGGUUUCCUUUUGUUGAUUCUUUUGAUGGAGAGUUCUGUAUUACCCCUUUAACUGCCUGUUUUUGGUGCUAAUGAUCUGAUGUGCUCACUGCCUCUGACAGAAUAUGGCCACAUGUAGCUUGUGGCAGUCAGUAGCUGUGACUUACGCUGCCUACUGAGGCCUGGAAGUAUUCUUCUGGUGUUUCCUUAACACAUUCUUAUUGACAAAAGAUUGGUAAACGGGUUUCAGGUGAAAACAUAAACUGGCUAUAGCAAAGGCAAUAUUAUCUGUCUAAAGGUUGAAACCUUAUCUAUUGAAUAGCUUAGCUUUUAUCACAACAUUUUAAAUUUUACAUAAUUUAAAUUUAAACCCUGACCUGUCUGAAGUGUUCCCUUGAUUCUUGCCUAAUGCAUGCUGAGAUGCUGGGCUCCAGCACCCCGCAAUCCUGAAUGGGAUAAGCGGACAUAGAAAAUGCAUGGAUGUUUCUCAACUGUUCAUGAAAAGGAUCUCUCUCUGCCUCAGGUUGGUGGACAGUGCUGGCUUGAGUUGUUUUAGCACUCAAAGGAAAUCUACUGAUAUAAUUCCAAAGACACCAAAGACUGACUGACUGACCUUCCUUUGAGUUGAUUUUGACUCCUACUGAUCGCUUUGUUUAAAUCCUGUUUGUUCAUGUUCAGAGUUACCAAUGCUGGCAUCGUCUUUGUUGCAUAGUCGACUGGGAUGGGACUGGAACCACCACAGACCUGUGAAACCUCAGAUUAGGCUUGAAUCAGUGUGGUGUUCUCCUAAAGAGAAGAAGUCAGUGGCCAUGGCCCAAUGAUGCCUUGAACCAAAGACGGGACAAUCAGCAAUGUUGUAGCCUUGACAGAGAGUUUUAGUCUGGGAGCAGGUGGGAUCAUCACUCUUUGAGUGUGAAGGAUCCAUUUUCAGCUUACAGUGUGUGUUACUGUGAGAUACUGUAUUUUUGAUUGUCUUUGAGUAAAAGUUGCCCAUGUUUAGAAAGAAAAGUGGCUCAAGCCAUCCCACUACCAAAAGGCUACAGGGACUGAACAUUAAAAUACUUUGUGUUGGUUUCUUUUAUUUGUACAUAGAUUUUAUGUGCCUUAAAUGUAAAUACUUAAUGUCUGUGGAUUAGAGUUACGGCUGUGUGUGCUUGCAUGUAUAUAUGUGUGACUUCAUGAAUACAUGCAAUUGUGUGAAUGGUGUAUUUAUGAAUGUUUGUUUUGUGUAUGAAUUUAUUACCUUUCCCACUGCUUAGUCCUGCUUAUCCCUAUCACCUCUGUAGCUUGAGAUCAUUGAGGUUAAGCCAUUCUGCAUUCUUAUUAGUCUCGGUAGCAUAAAUACAGUCAGGAACCUAUUCAGGAAGACCGCAAGGCAGCAAUUAAAAUACUUACAACCUCAGUGGAAAUGGAAAAAAAAAGACUGUAAGACUACCGUCCAGAUGUUAGCGUCCUACAGGAUGUCUUGUACCUCGACCAAAGGGAUAAUAACAGGCACUGGGAACUAAAUGUUGUUUGGAAGUGCAAUAUUUAUAUUCACUCUUAUUAAUAUUACAUUGCUUUCUUUUGUUUUAUGUUUUAUUUGUGCCUGAAUUGCCAUAAACCAGAACUUCUUCUGUCAGAGUAUGUGAUACGCACAUAGACUAAAUCCUUUAUAAGGUUCUGAGUUUUUAUUUUCACUUGCUUUCUCCCUAAGCAUACUUCAAGUGUGAAACUGUUUUUUUUUUUUUUUUUUAAAAAAGGACUUUUCCACUUCAUACAUAUUCACCACUUUAUUGCUGGACCACUUUUCUGAUCUUGCUGAGUUUUAUACCACAGACUGACACAGGAACAUAAAGAACAUAUUUGAGUUGAACUUGGGUAUGUUGACACAGUUUGAUAAUUUAUGUGCUGUGCUGUUGCACACCUGUCCAAACACCAACACUAUACUAACCACAUGUUAUACAUUUGUUUGCCUCAUCACACUCUUUUUAUAUGCCCCCUCUUAUUGAAUAGUGAUUUAUUAUUAGUCAGAUUCUCCAUAAAAUCCCCUUUUGGUAAUUGAUUUAAAAUGUCUUUUAAUAUUGCUGGUAUGAAAAUUCUUUACUGAACAUGUCAAACCAUUAUUUAUAAUGACAGGGGAUUACAUCUUCAUCCAUGGUUACAACCGGAGAAGGCACUGGGUUUUUACUUACAUGUUAAAUGUUUUUUUUUUUUUUUUUUUUAACGUCUUAGCCCAUUUUUCACUCUCCAGGACUUCCAAAAAGAAGUUGUACAUAUUUAUGACAAGGAGAGUAUUUUUGAAUUCAAAUGAUAACUGAUUUGUUGUGAAUUUUUCUCACCCCAUAUUGGGGAGAACAUUUUUGUCAGUGGGAUAGACGGGGGGGUCUUUGGAGAUCAAGUUUUACCUGUUAAGGUUUGUACUUUAAAUAAAAUAUUUCCCUUUUUACAAA